AUGGCGGACCUUCCCGUUACUACAGCUAAAUCCGACUCGGAUCGCCUCCGCCAUUUGAAGCGCAAGAUAAAGGCGUGGGAGAAGGAUUUCGCAAUCCAAAAUGACGGCAGAUCCCCAGCUAGACAAGAUAUUAGUGCGAACCCAAAGAUGGCCGCUCGAUAUUCUGAAUAUCAAAAACUCAAGAAAUGGUUAGACCUUGAUAGUUCGCAAACCGCAGGGCCACAAUCCCUUUCGCAGCCUGUCAAUAAACCAGUAGACAUCACCCCUCGGAAACCCUCAGCGCAGCCUUCCCAAACUCCCCUCGAAACCUCCUCCAAUCCAUUCUUUUUUACACCCACAAGCCGUCUGAAACUACAGGACCACACUUGUUCACCUAGCGCCAGUGUUGCCCGUCAGUUGAAAUGGAUGAAAAAAGGAUAUGUUUCUCCUACACCUCAGAAGAACGGCAGAAUUCUUGGACUUUUCGACAAGCUACCAGGCGUAACACCGACGCCCCCAAAACAACCUAAAGAAGCCGAAGAUGGUACCAUCUUAGCGAAGCUGACGGAUUCUUCGGAAAAUUCGAAGAUCUUCCAUAACCGGGGCUUUGAGGAUUCCGAUGGCGAAGAUGCUUAUAUUCCUCUGGAUCCGACGACACCUUCGCGCAAGCGCCGAUAUGAAUUCCAAACCCCACUUUCCAAAAAGAGUAAAGGAAACAAGCCUGGCGAAGCGGACCUAUUCUCCACGCCUACGAUUUUUCGCCAGCAUAGCAUGAACUUCGAGUUAAAAGAGAGUGGGAGCCCACUAACUCCGGAAGUGAAGCUGUUUCUUCCGAACCGAAUGAUCGGGAAAGUUAAGCCAUUAAGUAUCCUAGCUAGAGAGUUGAGAGAAAUGCAAGAGGAAGAAGAUCCUGGUAUGGAGGUGUUGAGAGAACUUGAAAGGGAUGGACUCAAUUCUACUGAGAUUACAGAUCCUGAUAAAUUGCGACCUACAACAAUUGCCCCAUGCCUAGAAUUGGAGGUACAGGUCGAGGAACCGGAAGCCGAGAACACAUCCAAGCAGGUAGCUUACAAGAAGAAAGGCCUCAAGAGACAAACGAAACGUGUCAGGAUUCGCCCUGUACGUGCGACGAAAACCAAACCAAAUGUUGAAGAGUCAAGCUGUGACUCCGAGCCCGAAGGACAUCUCGACCAACAGCCGGAAACUCUCGCCCAAAUCGCAGAGGGUGAGAAUUCUGAGGAUGGGAUUUGCGAUGGAGAACUGCAGAGGGUUGAGAUAUCCGAGGAUGAGCUUGCAGCAAUCGUCCUCAAGGUUGCCUCAGUGAAACCACGAAGAAAGAGCCAGGCAUCUGUUUUAGAAAAGCCCGCUACCUCCAAAAAUAAAACGACUAUUAAGGCAGACAAACAUGCCAACUACACCAGAAUGAAAAUGCACCACAGAGGGAAAGGCUUCAGAGGCCGAGGAAGGCCGAGGAGGUAA